AUGCCGAACCCAUCGCAGCUCUUUCUCCUUGCAGACCAUAUCAAACUCUCUCUCUUAGAACGACAACGAGCGAUCUCAUUGGAUUUGGAACCCAACAGCCAAGACGGAGAGAUCUCUCGCUCUUUGGAAUCGUUGCACGACGGCAUCGAGGAUGUGGAGAGAGACCUCUCUCAGUUGGAGCGGACCAACGAUGAUGGCGCCGCCGAGCUGAAAGAUCAGCUAUUCCAUCUGAAAUCGCAGUAUCAAGAUUUGUCGUCUCAGUUCAGCGGACACAGCACCUCAGCCGGCGCCAGCGGCUCCUCUCCAUCGCCUGAAUUCGCCAAUGUCAAAUCGUCUCCUGACCUCAAACAACCAGUCCCGCAGCACCCUCCUUCAAAGUCAGUUCGGUUUAUGAACUCGGCUACUGAAGAAGCCGAUCUCGAGCGACAAAACCUUUUCCAGCCAUACCGCGACUCACCUUCCCCUACUGGCGUAGACCAAUCUGACCUGUCGAAUGAACAAAUAUAUGAUCGACACAAUGAGAUCAUGCGCGACCAGGACGAACAGCUAGAUCGUCUGGGCGAAUCCAUCGGGCGGCAACAUCAACUCAGUAUUCAGAUAGGGGAUGAGCUAGAAGGCCACGUCGCGUUGUUAGACGGUAUGGAUGGUGAUAUUGACAGACAUCAGCAUCGGCUAGACGGGGCUAGAAAACGACUGGACAAGAUCCGGAGAAGCGCGGGUGACAAUUGGAGCCUGAUGACGAUCGUCGGUUUGAUCAUUAUCCUGGUCAUUCUCAUUGUCAUUUUGAAAUAA